GUGGAAAUGUGACGACACUCACCACCUCCGACAGUGACCUGUGGGUGUUCGGGAGGAUUUUCACUCAUUAAUUUUGCACCAUUUAAAAGAAUGACUCUAAUAAGAACCAGACAGAAAUGGAGAAGGAUUCCCACAUGCGCCACUGGUCCACUUCUAAUUCACAGCAGAAACCAGUUAAUGUGAUGCGUUCAAAUGUCACAUCAUUAUGUUUCAUUUGUUUCCAUUGUUCUGUGAGCUCCCUUUGUGGGAAAGUUACUAUUAAUAAGGAGGGGAUGUUUGAGUGGAACUCAUUUGUUAUUAGAUGGUUUUUAUGGACCAAAGUAAAACGCUAUUAAUGGAUACAGUUAAUUGCAGGGUUCAGUUAAACACCAGACACAGAUUUGACCUUCAUCCUGGAAUAUUGAAAUGCAAAUUGGCUGAUGAAUCAGAGCCUGGGGAGCCGUCCUAUAAAUGCGGACACACACCAUCAUCCUGUUGUCCACGCAGGGCCUGACGGCGGAGAGGUGUGACACCAGAGCCUUCCUCUUUUUUUCCGACUGGAGAGUGGAAAAGCCAUAUGAUGUCCGUUGUGGGCGCACAACCUUUCAUCAAACCAAUGCAGUCGCCUUCAGUUUCGCCCAUUCAGAGGAGACACACACUCCCCGCAAGCGAAGUCCGACCGCUCAACACGCAGGAUGCCAUCAGCGUGUUCGAGAUCGAGCGAGAGGCGUUUAUCUCAGUUUCAGGAGAAUGUCCACUCCACCUGGACGAGGUGCGUCAUUUCCUCACGCUGUGUCCAGAACUGUCCAUGGGCUGGUUUGAAGAGGGCCGGCUGGUGGCUUUCAUUAUCGGGUCUCUGUGGGACCAGGACCGGCUGACCACGGAGGCUCUGACUCUGCACAAACCCUGCGGCUCCACGGUCCACAUCCACGUCCUGGCCGUGCACCGCACCUUCCGGCAGCAGGGCAAAGGGCCCAUCCUGAUGUGGCGCUACCUGCAGUACCUCCGCUGUCUGCCCAACGUGCGCAGGGCCAUGCUCAUGUGCGAAGACUUCCUCAUCCCCUUUUACCGCAAGUCCGGCUUCAAGGUGCUGGGGCGCUGCGCCAUCACGGUGGCCAACCUGACCUUCACGGAGAUGUGGUACCCCAUCAGCGGACACGCGUACAUGAGGCGGAACAGCGAGGCCAUCCGGUUCCCGCAGCAUCCAUUGACUCUGCCUCUUCCAAAAACGGACGAGCACGUAGACGUAUGACAGGGGGCUCAUUUUUCUGUUUUUGUCCCUCCUGUCCCAUCUGUGUGAAAGUCAUCAUCAGUGUGUGAAAUACUGUGAUUGUACAAUAAAAGCAGAAUGUACUGGAUGUAUUACAUGUACCCGGGUUAGACUGCGUCCUGUAGGCUUUCCACACUUUCUACUGGUUUGUGUUGCGUUUGUGGUCUGUGUCUGUAAGCUGUUACCUGCUUAGUACCUUUCUGGCUUCCCACAACUGUGGACUGACGUCAGCGUGGGGCUUGAGCCGCUCCUGCAGCUCCUAUUAGUGGGUUUAGCUAUUGUAAAGGCGGGAGGAUUUAGAAGUGUUAUCUACUCCUGUGUGGAGUCCGCCUGCAGGUUCAGUGACCUUGCUUAAACAGGAAUGUUGGCUGUGGGGGUGCAGGUGUUUUAGUUUGUGGAAAGAGACUUUUCUAACAAUCAUGUGUUUGUUGCAGAAUCACAGUUUCAAUCAAAUGUUUUAUACAGUUUUUUUUAAGAU